CUUCCCCAAAGCUUGCUAAAAUAUGGCAAUAUAAUUUGUCACUAGAUCAUUUUACGAUUCAGACUGUUAUCACUAGAUACAUUUCUUCUAUUAAAUCAACAGAACGUAACACAGAGCCUUCCUGAAAUGAUAAAAUAACUAAAAAUCUGCGACCCAAGCGACGGCAUUUUAGCAAUAGGAAAGCGGGAGGAAAAAGUCAUGUGACCAGUGUUAACCAAUAGGGUCAAUGGUUUUCCAAGCAUAUAAAAGAUUUUUCUGCUGAUCCGCCAUUGCUGUCGCUCGGAAAGCUCAGUGGUGUGAUUUUGAAUCUUGACCGUGGAAUGGACACCAAGAGCCAUCCGGUGCUGCAGGGCUAUCAGCAGCAAGUAGAGAUUUCUUCUUGAGGAGAUAACAGAAAAAGUGCAGAACUGGCGACUUUGUGACGCAGGUUUCCACCUGCAAUCAACAGGUUACUGUGGUCUCAGUAAACGGACUGUAAAUGUACAGCAAGGAAGCAAAACUUUCUUUAAUGAAAACAGAAAUGAACGACAUGGCCUCAGCUACAGGUCAAACUCAAAGUAGGCAGCCUGGGAGGCAGACAAACCAAUUGCAAUAUCUUCAAAAAGUGGUGAUGAAGGCACUAUGGAAACAUCAAUUUGCCUGGCCAUUUCAUCAUCCUGUCGACCCAACCAAGCUUGCUCUACCGGAUUACUUCAAAAUCAUCAAGACUCCAAUGGACCUUGGUACAAUCAAGAAGCGAUUGGAGAGUAUCUACUAUCACAGUGCAAAAGAAUGCAUCUCAGAUUUCAACCUCAUGUUUACAAAUUGCUAUGUAUAUAAUAAACCUGGAGAGGAUGUUGUUCUUAUGGCACAAGCCCUGGAGAAGCUCUUCCUGACAAAGGUUGCACAAAUGCCACAGGAGGAAAUUGAGCUGGCUCCCCCAGUGAAGCCAGGGAUGGGAGACGACAUAUCAGGGCCAGGCAGGAAAGGAAGAAAAGGCAGAGUACCAGGAAGGGGGAUAAGUGCAAACUCAAGGUUAGGUAUUCAAAAUGCCUCACCUCAACCAUCGGUACCCAAUGCAGCGACGACACAGCUCCCAGGUCCGCCAGCGAAGAAUGCGUAUGUUGCUCCCCUUGCCAUGAAGUCACCUACAGCAACACAACCAUCAACAGAACUUCCUGUGCUACCCCCAGGAGCAGCGAGUACACAGGCCACGGCUGCAGCCAUGUCAACCUCACCGCUGGUUUCAUCCCCGCCUCCUAUAUCAACUCCAGUGGAACCAGUAAAGCAGAACUCUCUUCCAGGACCUCCGAAAGUAAGGUCGCCUGCCAAGACAAAAGGAGCAAGGGGAGUAAAGAGGAAAGCAGACACAACCACACCCACAACAGUAAUAGAACCUCCUGAACCCAUAGUGGCUCCAAGUGCCGACUACCACUUAGCCCAGGCCAAGCCAGCUAAGAUCCCGGGCAGGAGAGAGAGCAGUAGGAGAAACAUCAAACCUCCCAACAGGGAACUCCCUGAAUCAGAUCAGCACCAGAAGGGAAAGAAGGGCAAACUCACAGCUCAGCUCAAGUACUGUUAUGGUGUCAUCAAAGAACUCAUGUCAAAAAAGCACUCGGCAUAUGCAUGGCCUUUCUUCAAGCCAGUUGAUGCAGAUGUACUAGGACUGCAUGACUAUCAUGAGAUCAUCAAGACUCCAAUGGACAUGGGUACAGUAAAGGUAAAGCUCGAAAACAGGGAUUACAAGAACGCCAAUGAUUUUGCUGCAAACGUCAGGCUGAUAUUCACAAAUUGCUACAAGUACAAUCCGCCGGACCAUGAUGUUGUAGGAAUGGCUAGAAAGUUGCAAAAUGUGUUUGAAGUCAAGUUUGCCAAAAUGCCUGAUGAACCAUUGGACCCAUCUGACCUAGAAAGUGACGAUGAAAGCAAGGAUGAAACCAAGGCAAUGGAUAGUCCGUCUGAUGCUUCAGCUUCCAAUAGUAGCUCAGAAUCAGAAGACAGCGAAGAAGAGAGGGAAAAAAGGUUGUCAGAGUUACAAGAGCAGCUCAAGGCGGUACAUGAACAGCUUGCAGCAUUGUCAUCACAAGCACAUCGGAAAAAGAAGAAAAAGGACAAAGACAAAACUAAAAAGAAAGAACGAAAGGAUAUUGAAAAAGAGAAAGAAGAACUUGAAAAGGCCAAAGAACUUGAAAGGCAAAGAGAAAAGGAAAUGGAAGAGAUGAGGGAAAAAGAAAGGAAACUUUUAGAAGAGAAAGCUAGAGAUGAGGAGAGGUCAAAAUCAGCAUCGAAAAGACCAAGGAAGCCUGCAAAGAGCACAGAGGACAAGGCCAAACCCAAGAAAACAAAUAGACCGAGGAAGAAUGCAAAGACCGCAGAAGAGAAGCCUAAACCCAAGAGAACAAAUAGUAGAAGAGGAGGUGGAAGGAAAAAGAAGGUUCCAACGACGGGGCAACUAGAGAGUGAUGAUGAGGACACAGCAAAGCCAAUGUCAUAUGAUGAGAAGCGGCAGCUCAGUCUGGACAUCAAUAAGUUACCUGGGGACAAACUUGGCAAAGUUGUACAUAUAAUACAGUCAAGGGAGCCCUCACUCAAGGACUCUACACCAGAUGAAAUCGAGAUUGACUUUGAGACCCUCAAACCGUCCACCCUGAGGGAACUGGAAAAAUAUGUCAUGCAAUGCCUCAGGAAAAGACCAAAAGCAUACAACAAAGGCCAGACGAAGUCUAAGCAGGAUGCACAGAAGGAGAAGCAGAAAGAACUGGAGGAUCGACUGAAGGAACUUGGCGGGCCAUUUCCCAAGAAGGCCACAAAGAAAGCUCAACAAGAUGCUUUGAUGAAUGAGGGGGGCAGAACCGAGCGCCCACUCAGUGCCAGCAGUAGUAGUGACUCUGAGAGUGAUGCAAGCAGCAGCACAAGUGCUAGCUCCAGCUCCGACAAUAGCGAAUCGGAGUCAGGUACUCCAAAAAAGAUGAAGAAAGGAAUAAAGGUACCUCCUCUUCCUGCAAAUCGACAAGAAAUGCAGAGAAGACUAUCCGGUCCUGGACAGGCUCCAAUCACUACACCAGCCGGCUUCCAUCCAGAAACCCAACAGCAGCAACCCAUGAGUACAGGACCAGGUCCUAGUCCAUUCUCACUGGGUCCACAGGCCACUGGUCACCCCUCUGGGCAUCCCUCGGGUCAACCUGUUCAACAUCCAGGACAACCUUCACCAAGACUGACCAAUGGACAAAACCAUAUACCAGCACCAAGACACAGUAGCUUGCCAGCCUUACCAGACCGACCAAGCAACAAAGCAGCUCCACUUCAGAAGAGAAGUCAAAGGAAAGUUCUGACAUCGCCACUCACGUCUCCGGGUCCACUCACAUCACCAGCUAAUACACGGGGCAGUACUACUACUGCUUUCCCUUUGCCAUCACCAACUCUUCCACAAACCAAGCCAGCAGUGGUUGCCCCUCCUCAAUUACAGCCACCUGCUGUUUCCAAAGCCCCACCAGCAACCCCUCCUGCAAUGGCUCCUUCAGCACCAGUGGCACCUCAACCUGCACCAGUAGCUAUCCCUAAACCCAAACCAGAACCAGUGGUGAAGCCAUCCAAACCUGCUCCUAGUCAAACACCACCUGCAGCUGUACCCCCUCCAUCAUCAACCAAACCCUUGCCACAACACCCACCACCGCAGCAACACCCUUCACGCCACUCCCCGCAACCACUACCACAACAACAAGCAACGUCUAAGCCUCAAUCCAAGCCACCACCUCCAACCGAUAUCCCCAAACCCCAGCCUCCUGCUGCUCAGAGACCAAUACCAGCAGACACCAAGAAGACAGCACCACCUCGCUCGGUGACACCACCGUCUCCGCCACCACAGGUCAAACCAGAGGUCCCGUCUCUCAUCCAGCAACCAACCCUCAUCCCCAAGGUGGAGGAUAACCCAAUGUCAUUCAUGGUUGGUGAUGAGGAUUUAGAAGGGGAAGGGGAAUCACCUUCUACUAGUCCUGUCAUGACUGGUCACAAGACAGAAGAGAGCAAUGGUUCAUCACACCCUGAGGGUGGUAUGCCUUCCAGUGCUAGCUCUGAGAAUCUAUCUAAGAUGGAACAGAAAGCUAGCUCUAAAGAUAAGAAGGACAUGAAGCUACCAAACCGUUAUUCAUGGUCUAACCUAGCCAACACACCGUCUUCAACCAAGCCUUCCAGUAAACCUACCAAGACCUCUCAUCACAGCUUUGAACUCUUCAAGAAAGCAGCCAAGGAAAAAGAAGAGAGGACCCGUCAGAUCAAACAGCAAGAGGAGAUGAGAAAACAACAGAAACACCUUCAGGAACAGGAAAGAGCAAGGCAGGAAAGAGAAAGACAAAGGGAGAAGGAAGAGGACGAUGCACUGGAGAGGGCUAGAAACUCCCAACAAGAAGAGGCCAAGAGAACGCAGUCUAUGAAGGAAAGAGAGAGGCUACGGGAACAAGAGAGAAGGAAAAGAGAAGCUAUGGCUAAUCACAUAGAUAUGAAUCAACAGAGCAACAUCAUGGCAACAUUUGAAGAAACGUUGUAGCAGCAUCACUUGUGACUAAAGAGCAACAUUGUGGCAACAUUUGGAGAAAUGUAGAAGUAUCACUCGUGUCUCCAGAGCAGCAUCUUGGCAACAUUUGAAGAAACAUUGUAGCAGCAUCACUUGUGACUAAAGAGCAACAUUGUGGCAACAUUUGGAGAAACGUAGAAGUAUCACUCGUGUCUCCAGAGCAACAUAGUGGCAACAUUUUUAGAAACGCUGUAGCAGUAUCACUUGUGACUGACACGAGAGCAACAUUUGAAGAAAAAUGUAGCAACAUCUUAGCACAACUUGUGACAUGAGAGCAACAUCAUGGCAAUGUUUGAAGAAACAUUGAAGCAACAUCUGAGCACAACUGGUGACUUGAGACCAACAUCACUCGUGACAUGAAAGCAGCGUCAUGGCAUCGAUUGAAGAAACUAUGUAGCAGCAUCUUGGCACAGCUUGUGACUUGAGAGCAAUCUUUUUGAGACCAGCAACUCUGUUCAAACUUUCAAAUACAUCAGAUCUCUGUAGCCCAGCUGGACCAUGCUAUGGGGUUAAGAUGCAGCGGUGUUGUUGCAAUGAAGUCUGAACAUUAUCAUAAAUUGCUGCACAUCAUACAUUCGCAAUCAGUAGAUAAUACUUGUUCGUUGUUUGUUUAGCUGGUAUGUAUUUAGACUGUCGUGUACAUCAGGAGUGCUGACACCAGCAUUAUUUGUUGCAUCACUUGGUAUGAAUUGAGUUCCUUUUUAUUUGUGUAUAUUGUAUUUGGUGUAGAAGAUAAGGAUUUUAGUGGAGAUACCAUGACAUAGAGGAUGUAUGUGUUUACAUGAUGUCAUUAUCAGCAGCAGCCAAGAAGUUUAACAAUCACUCAAACUGUGAUCGGAUAGCUAUGGGAGUACAGCCCCAUGUUGAAAUUCCAUUUUUGUGAGUCCAGUUUAAGAAUUUAAAAGACCAGAAAAAAGAGGAUAUAACACCUACCAUUAAAGAGAUCUGUUUUUUAAAACAAGGCAACGUAAAGCAGAGAAAAUGGAAUUGUUUUAAAGAAUUUGACUACUUAUUGCAAUGAUAUUCUGUCUAGCCAUGCUACAGGUCUGAUUCAUUAUGCAGGAACAACAACAUUUUUUAUCUGACAAACGACAGCAAAUAGCAAGUGUUUUAUACCCACUGAGCUAGUGCCAAAUGGGUUCUUUUUUUAUGAUGCUUGUCCGUAACACCACUUGAAUACUAACUUAUGAAUCUGUUUAAAAUCGACCCACAUGUUAUAGAACCACACAUCAUCAAGGUUUACUGGCUCUCUGACCACUGGUCUUGACAAACCUCAUCAUCAUCAUCAUCCUCUUUCAAAAAGUAUUGCUUCUCUUUUAAAAGGUUGCAAAAUAUUAGUUUAGUGGCCAUGGACCAACCCAUACGGAUCUGACGCAUAAUUGUUGAUAACAGAUGAACUUUACUAAAAUCAUGUUUGUAAUAUUGUCUUGAUUUGUCUGUGUGUAUUAAUGUUCAGGAGGUAUAUGUAUAUGUGUAAUAGAUAAGAUGCGAGGUUGAAGGGUAGUCAUAUGCUCUUGAACCAUUGAUAGCCUAGCGAUGAUUCACAGAAGAUAGAGAGAGAUAGAAGAAAGAAACUUGGUGCCUCUAGAUGUUAUACCCUGAAUAGCCAUGUAUGUAUCAGCUUGAUAGUGAUUAGAUGUCUUGUAUAGACAGUGGAAUAUUUUAUUAAGAUGAGUCGCCAGGGAGUAAAAUAUUUGUUUGAUAUUUAUAGUGUUGUGUGGAACGGGUGGAAGAAUAUGGCUGUAAUGCCUCGAGAAUUGUACAGAAUUUUGUUAUAAACUUCCAAAUUGUGUUUCCACUUUCCGUGUUAUAAAUAUAUAUAAUAUAUAACAGUUUCUUGUCGACAGAGAAACUUGUGUAUAUACUUCUAAAGAAUUUUGAAAAUUGUUGUACUGAAUUGAUUUUUUUUUUAGUAGCUUUUGCACAGAUUAUUUGUGUUUUCAUUUCAUUAUUCUCUUGAAGGUGUAACUUUGAUUUGUUAAAGAGAGGAUUAAAUCGGCUACUCUUAUGUACUUGUAAUAUAGAUAUGCCAUUUGUUGCUACCAAUUGUUAAAAAACUCUUUGUACAUGAAUUUCUUUUGGGUUUUUGGAGUAAUUGCAAUUUUUUUCAUGAGCUCAAGAAUAUUCUCCUGGAGAAAAGAUGUUUUUGUUCUCAUAGUAUAAUGCUAUUGUUUUUGUGUCUAACUUCUCUAUCUUAUUUAAUCUGUCUUAAUUUGAAAAACAGAGAGUUUUCAAAGUUAUAAUUCUAAUCAUAUGUGGCAAAGGGAAAUUGAUUUUUUGCUAUUGAUACACAAACUCUCGUAAAAACUAAUGACAUACGCCUGUAUAAUCUAUGCAAUGCAUCCGUAUCCAUGUUCCCCCUUAGAAGGUUUUGAAACCAGAAAUGUGUCCUUCUAAAUAUGAUCAUCUUACAGUCUAUUAGAAGGUUCACACAUGUCUGGCUUUCAAUUACUGGUAAGCUUUUACCCUCUUAGAUAUACUUUGUCAUACGCACCUUGUAAUACCUGUGCAAGAUUGAUAUAUGUAUAUAUGACUUUUCAUUGCAUACAUGUAGUCUUUGCAUUUUGAAUGAGAUGUGGCAAACAUUUUGAACAGUACAACCGCUUAGUAGUAUUGUCUUGUUCCUCACAUAGAUUUUAAUCAUGAAAAGAGCCUUAGUCAUAUUUCUGCCAGUCGGCUUGAAAGGACGAGAAGUAGCGUUGAUCCGUAGGAACAGAAAUGUAGGAAUUAGAUCGCGAGAGACCAAUUAUUUCAUGCUUGUUUUCUCUUAUUUUUAAUGAUGUUGAAAAUAUUGGGAAAAGUUUGUAUUCUUAGUGUUGAUAUCAACCAUACCCCAAGAAAACUGUGUGUGUAUUUAAAAGAUAUUUGUGUGGCAUAACUACCUUGCUGUAAUGUGCUUAUGUAUUUAUGAUAGCUCUUGUAGUGUAUGCUGUCCAAUAACAUGUUUAAAGAGUUCGCAAGAGUAGCAUGUUUUUAAAACAUUGUAAACAUUGUUUUUCCAAUCUAGUAUUAUAACUUCAAUAACAUUUUUUUGCUUCUCAUAAGAUAACAUCAGCAUUUCUUCUUAUCCAUUUUUGCAAUCAAUUAGUCAAUGUAGUCUUUCUUGAAACACCAUUAUUUCAAUUAUUUGGGUUUAUCAGAUGCAAACAUUGAAGAUAUUACUUUAGAAAAAAGUCAGCUAUUGAUAAAUGAUUAUGUAUUAUAUUAAUGGUUUGGACAUUAUAAUCUGAAUUGUUUUUGUGUAUAUACUUUACAAAUUGUAUAUACAAAUAGAGUGUACAUAAUUACUUAGUCAGCUUUAUGUGACAGUAAUUACGUACAACAGAUCUACAAAAUGUAUUUAACAACAAAAUGGCAAGUUUUAUAGGCUUUUUCAAAUCCUUUGUGUCUCUUUGUAAUUGAUAUUUUUUUCUCGAUUCAAAUUUUUGUUGUUCUGAUGUUGGACCAAUGUUGAAAGGUUACACACUUGAAAUCAGCAAGUUUUAUAGAUAUCACUCAUUAAAAAACCAUCAAGGAAUUUACUUUUAUUUCAUAUAACCCCCAAACCAUGCCUGAUGUUAAACCAGUGCAUUUUUUUUUUUUUUUCAGUCACUAGCUUGCAUUAUUACACUGUACUAAGCCUAUCGGUAUGAAAUGGAUUCAACAUAGAUUCAAAGUCCUUAAGUAUCAGUUUGCUCAUCCCUUUAUACACAUAAUCCAGUCUUGUUUUCAAUUGUAGCAUGGAUGACAGUAUAGCAAGCUGACAUGUGUAAUUGUGUAUCAAUGAACAAAUAGUCCACUAAAUCAUACUGGACAACUGUUCUUGACAAAUUUAUAAUUUGUUCCAAUCUUAUGUUGUAUUGUAUGCCUGUUUGUUCCCAGCUCUGCUUUUCUGUAAACAGAAUUAUUUGUAGUAGUUUCGACGACAUUAAGGACUACCAAGUAUUCUCUGAGUAGCGUUGUGUCGAUGUUAGGAGAAAGCAAACACUCCUCAGCUCCUCUCUCGUUAUGUUUCCAUUAGGCAUCACGCUCGUUGAUGGGAUCUCAACCUUAGGCAAAGAAAUUAAAAUCUUUGUUUGGAAUAUCCAUGUUAGUACAGUCAAACCUGUCUACAAAGACCACCUGUCUACAACAAGCACAUUUUUUGUUUCCCUUGAAAAUGGUUUCUCAUUGAAACAUGUACUAAAGGAACCUGUCUACAAAGACCACCCGACUACAAAGACCAUCUUUUGUGUUUCCAUUAAGCGGUAACUGUAGACAGGUUUGACUGUACAUACAUUUGCAGAUUAGAUUUCAACAAAACUAAGGUUGACUUACAAUGUCAAUGAAACGGAUUGGAAAAGAAGGAAAAACAAUAUAUAUAUGUAUUUAAAUGAAGGCAUAAUGUUCUUUCCCCACAAUCCAUUUUUAAUGAGUACAGAUAAUAUGUGAUUUGGUUAUUGUGGGUAGUUACUUUUUUUUGGAUAUUUCACUAGAUUUAGGCAUUUUUUGCUGGAAUUCUUCUUUGUCCACUGUUACAAAUUUCAGACUGUUUUGUGUGAAAUGCUCAGAUUAGAUUUGCUGAAUUCUGAUAUUCUUUCGUAUGUUUCUCAUUUGUUUCCAGUUUAACAUUUUGUGUGGUCCUUGUCAUGUAUGUUGAAUGUUAUGUUGAUUAUUGCUCCUUUUUCACCAUUUUUGUUCCAUUUUCACCAUUUUUGUUUUCUCUUCCAAAUGAGGUUAUUACUUUGUUUCAGAAUGUAUUUAAGGGGAAAAAAGGAAACAGUCUUAUAAAGUGAGAAGAAGAAUUUGUGUACAUGUAUAUCAAUUUAUUUAAAACAAAAUGUAUGUCCGAUGUAUUGUAUAAAGAGCAUUCAAUUUAAAUGUUUUCAUUGUUUUUAAGUUGAUAAUAAAACAGAAAAAAAUACAAACAUGACAAAAAAAUGAUAUUGGCUUAAUGACCUUGUUGAAGAUAUGCCUGCAUGUACUUUCUUGGCUUGUAUGUUUAGUGUGUUCAUACGCAUAGUUUCUUUUUUCACGCCCUUGUGAACAUGUACUACAUCUACUAUUACGAUUACUACUACUACUUCUACUGUUAUUGUUUCUUGUAAAUGAUAAUGCAAUAUUUUUUAUGUACAAUUCCAAUGGAGACAUAAAAAGAGAAAUGUUGGUGUCUUGAACUAAUUAAAAUAAAAUCAAACAAACAAUGUAAAAAA